UUCUCCAUUGGACCAGAACUGUCCCAACAAAAACCAGAAGGCAGAAGCACCAACAGCAAGAGCACCAAGCCACCAACACCAAACAAAAACGUAGUCAAAUUGCACAUCAGAAAUACAUAUACAGAGAAGAAAGGGGGAAAACAUUUCUCUACAGCUCGUGCGCCCACUCCACCACUGUUCUUGGGAAUCUUGGAAGGAAGAAAGCAGCGGGUCUCAGCUCACCACUCGUUCCUGGCUUCAUGGCUUCCUGACGUCCUCUCCUCUUGAUCCAAGAACACCGGGGGUUUCUUGGAAGGGAAGUUCUUGGAUUGGUCGGCCAUCAUGUCGGCCUCGUCCUCGUCCCUGUGCGGCGGGGACCCGGCGAUGAGGAGCGUGGUGUGGUUCCGGAGGGACCUCAGGGUGGAGGACAACCCGGCGCUUGCGGCGGCGGCGCGUGCCGGUGGGGAGGUAGUGCCGGCGUACGUCUGGUCGCCAGAGGAAGAGGGCCCUUAUUACCCCGGGCGUGUGUCCCGGUGGUGGAUCAGCCAGAGUCUGAAGCACCUGGACGCCUCGCUCCGCCGCCUAGGUGCAGGAAAGCUCGUCACGCGGAGGUCGGCCGACGCCGUCGUUGCGCUCCUCCAGCUGGUCCGCGACACCGGCGCCACGCACGUCUACUUCAAUCAUCUAUACGACCCGAUCUCACUAGUCAGGGAUCACCGGUUGAAGGAGAUGCUGGCGGCUGAGGGCAUCGUUGUGCAAUCUUUCAAUGCGGAUCUGCUGUAUGAGCCAUGGGAAGUUGUCGAUGAUGAAGGGCAACCAUUCACCAUGUUCACUGCAUUCUGGAACAGGUGCCUCAGCAUGCAGUAUGAUCCCCCUGCACCACUUCUGCCCCCGAAGAAGAUCAAUUCAGGUGACUUAUCGAUGUGUCCAUCGGAAGAUCUGAUCUUUGAGGAUGAUUCAGAGAGGGGAAGCAACGCUCUUCUGGCCCGAGCAUGGACACCAGGGUGGCAGAACGCAGACAAGGCACUGACAGCCUUCCUCAAUGGUCCAUUGGCUGACUACUCAGUGAACCGUAAGAAGGCUGAUAGUGCGAGCACAUCCCUACUCUCACCUCACCUGCAUUUCGGUGAGCUUAGUGUGCGCAAGGUUUUCCACCUAGUUCGUAUGAAGCAGCUUGUGUGGAGUAACGAGGGCAACCACGCUGCUGAGGAGAGCUGCACCUUGUUUCUCCGUUCCAUUGGCCUGCGGGAGUACUCUCGGUACCUGAGCUUCAAUCACCCAAGCAGCCAUGAGAGGCCCCUCUUGGCGCAUCUCAGGUUUUUCCCCUGGGUGGUCAAUGAGAGCUACUUUAAGAUUUGGAGGCAGGGAAGGACUGGGUACCCGCUCGUUGAUGCUGGCAUGAGGGAACUGUGGGCGACAGGAUGGUUGCAUGACCGGAUACGUGUGGUGGUUUCAAGCUUCUUUGUCAAGGUCCUUCAACUUCCAUGGCGAUGGGGUAUGAAGUACUUCUGGGACACAUUACUGGAUGCUGAUCUUGAAAGCGAUGCACUGGGCUGGCAGUACAUCACUGGCUCUCUUCCUGAUAGUCGAGAGCUUGACCGCAUCGACAAUCCGCAGUUUGAAGGCUACAAGUUCGACCCGCAUGGGGAGUAUGUCCGACGGUGGAUUCCUGAGCUCGUAAGGCUGCCGACAGAAUGGAUACAUCAUCCAUGGGAUGCACCUGUUUCCGUGCUGCAAGCUGCAGGAAUUGAGCUGGGAUCCAACUAUCCCCUCCCCAUAGUUGAGCUAGACGCGGCCAAAGCCAGACUGCAAGAAGCCCUAUCAGAAAUGUGGCAGCUGGAGGCAGCAUCAAGGGCCACCAUGAACAAUGGAAUGGAGGAAGGCCUCGGUGAUUCCUCAGAGGUUCCAUUUCCUGAAGAAUUACAGAUGGAAGUCGAUCGGCAGCGAGCCCAGGCAACAGCCAAUGUGGUGAUGACUGUUCGGAGGCGUGAGGAUCAGAUGGUGCCUACCAUGACCUCUUCAUUGAACAGAGCUGAAACAGAGGUUUCCGCCGAUCUAGGGAACAGUGAGGACACUAGGGCACAGGUUCCGUUUCAUGCACAUUUCCAUCCCCGAGUUGAGAGGGAAGACAUGAUCCAGAAUACUGAAGGCCCUGCACUUAGAAUCAAUGGCACUCACCAACACAACAUCUUUCAGCAACCUCAGAAUCAUAGGCGAGAAGCUCUUGCUCCAUCAGUGUCGGAGGCUUCAAGUAGCUGGACCGGCAGAGAGGGCGCUGUGGUCCCAGUUUGGUCACCUCCUGCAGCAUCAGGCCAUUCAGAAACUUUUGCUGCUGAUGAAGCUGACGUUUCUAGUAGGAGUUAUUUGGAUAGGCAUCCACAGUCGCACCGGUUGAUGAACUGGAGUCAAUUAUCACAGUCAUUGUGAGUUCGGAUGCACGGACAACAGGCUGGGAAGUGGAAAAUUCUGUGCAGCCAAACUUACUCGGUUAGGGUUUUCUGAAGAUGGAAUUCAUAUGUAGAUUGUCCACUCAACUGCUCAUCUAUAGUCCGAUGGGAUGCAAACCAGGCAGCUUUUCCUGGUGGUGAUUAUAGUUGUGUAAAUCUCAUCUUCUAGAACGUGUGUGGUCGAUAUAGUGUGGUUGGCUUUAAAAAGUCACUAUUAUUGAUCAGACAACAAAGGUUUUGCGUAUUUUGAGCCUUUUUUUUUUGGGAGGUAUGUGAUGUAUGUAACUGUACAUUCCCUUGUGUUUCUCAGUUAACCAUUGUUAGUUUCAUUUC